GCAGUCCUAACGUCAAUGGGGGACCGGCACAGAUGGCGGUUUCUCCACCUUUGUUUCACUCUUUCUCUCCUCGAAUCAGCUGCCGCCGGUUUUCGACGAUUUCGGUUACCCGCCACAAUCCGCCACCGCCGUCGUCUUCUUCCAGCUCCUGCUCACCUUCACCUAAUUCUUCUUACUCUGCUUUCUCGUCUCAUCGCCCGGGGCGUUAUUCGAAUUUCAUUACUUUCUCCGGCAAUGGAAUUGUGGAAUUUCUGGAGUUCCGUGAUUGGCGUAUUGGUUUUUUACUGCUUAAAAGGUAUCUGGAAGCAUCACAGCCUUAAGGCUCAAGCGAUGAGUACUACUCAAGGAGAUCUUUCAUCUUCAACGGCCAUGAUAAAUUUGGAGGACAAACCCGAUCAUCUUCUCGUUCUUGUUCAUGGCAUCAUGGGGAGCCCAAGCGAUUGGACGUAUUGUGAAGCAGAGUUGAAGAGGCGAUUAGGGAAAAAAUUCUUGAUAUAUGCGAGUUCUUGUAAUAUGUAUGCCAAGACUUUCACAGGCAUUGAUGGUGCUGGUAGACGACUGGCUGACGAAGUCACGGAGGUCGUGAAGAAGGCAGAUAGCUUAACAAAGAUUUCAUUUUUAUCCCAUUCACUUGGUGGAUUAAUUGCAAGAUAUGCAAUUGCUGUCUUGUACACACCUAAUGUUGAUACGUACACAAACUCCGAACCCUCAUCUCCUUCAAAUGGAGGCUUGAUUGCUGGCCUGGAAGCAAUUAAUUUUAUUACCCUGGCAACACCACAUCUUGGAGUAAGAGGGAAAAAACAGCUUCCAUUCCUUUUGGGUGUGCCUUUCUUGGAGAAAAUUGCUCCGCCGAUUGCGCCUAUUUUUACUGGGCAAACUGGCAGCCAGCUCUUUCUCACUGAUGGAGAGGCCGAUAAACCUCCUCUCUUAUUACGAAUGGCCUCAGACUGUGAUGAAGGAAAAUUUUUGUCUGCACUCGGUGCUUUCAGAUGUCGGUUCCUUUAUGCAAACGUCUCUUAUGACCAUAUGGUAGGUUGGCGCACAUCCUCCAUUAGAAGAGAAGAAGAACUUGUUAAACCUACAGAUGGGUCAUUGGAUGGCUACGAACACAUUGUGAACGUGGAGUAUUGCCCCCCAGUUUUGUCCGAGAGCCCGAAUUUCCCUUCGGAGGCAGCUGAAGCGAAGGAGGCUGCUCAAAAUGAUCCAAGCACACAGAACACCGUAGAAUAUCACGAGAUCAUGGAAGAUGAAAUGAUACGUGGAUUACAAAGAUUGGGAUGGACGAAAGUUGAUGUUAGCUUUCACUCAGUACUCUGGCCGUUCUUUGCACACUACAAUAUUCAGGUGAAAAAUGAAAGGUUUCAUAAUGCUGGAGCUGGAGUGGUGGCGCAUGUUGCCGACACCAUAAAACAACAAGACUCUUCGCCAUGUAUAGGUGUUAAUUAGUCGUUGUACGCUGACAACAUGAUGGAAAGUGCUAGUUUCCACAUAAUGUGUAUCAUCAUCUCAGGAUAAUUAUCUUUUAAUUUAUAUAUGAUGGUUAUAUUUUUCAUCCACCAA